AUGCGUUUGCAACUGUUUAUGCUGACCGUCAGCACCGGCGCAUUUUUGUGCAUUGCUAAUGGUGGCGGACACGAGGCCGAUAAUUCAGUAGACACCACUACAUUUGAUUUACCUGAUGAUUAUCUGGCUUCUAUAGCGAAGAGUCUGGGGCAGUGCAUAUAUCACUACGUCAAGUAUGACGGAAAAAAGGCUACAAUAGGAUGUGCGGCCACCUGUGGACAUGCCAAAACUUCACUUGAAGCUCGUGAUAAUUUGGAUGAGUCCGAAACAAUCCCCCUCGAACUUUCAGAUAACCUUUGCAUUCUCGUUACAGAAAAAAUUACUUGCGAAAACGGAACGGUUAUCCUACAAGGCUACCUGGGAAACUGCACGGAUGGAUUAUGCAACGCGGAUCGAACGGGCCCUCCUAUUACUAUUCUUGACAGUGAAGAGACCGAGAGCCUAGCAGGAAGUGGUGAAGGGGACGGACAUGAGAGGAAAUAA